AUGGCGGCGGCGGGGCGCGGGCUGCUGGCGGCGGGGCUGUUCCGCGGGCGGGUCGCCAUUGUCACCGGCGGCGGCACCGGCAUCGGCAAGGCCAUCGCCGCCGACCUGCUGGCGCUAGGUUGCAGUGUUGUUAUUGCCUCUCGUAAAUUUGACCGAUUAAAAGCUGCAGCAGAAGAGCUGAAUAACAGAUUUGCCUCUGUGAGUCCUGCCCAGGUGACCCCCAUGGAGUGCAAUAUCCGCAAAGAAGAAGAGGUAGAAGCUUUGAUGAAGUCUACACUGAGUCUGCAUGGGAAGAUUGACUUCCUGGUGAAUAAUGGAGGGGGCCAGUUUGCAAGUCCUUCUGAAGCCAUCCGUGCAAAAGGCUGGAAUGCUGUGAUAGACACCAAUCUGACAGGGACCUUCUAUUGUUGCAAAGCAGUGUACAAUGCCUGGAUGCAGGAACAUGGAGGAGCCAUUGUCAACAUUACUGCUGCCGUGAGAAAUGGCUUUCCUGGAAUGUCGCACACAGGAGCUGCAAGAGCUGCAGUGGAUAACCUAACCAAGACUUUAGCUUUAGAAUGGGCUCACAGUGGAGUGAGAAUCAACAGUGUUGCUCCUGGACUGGUAUUUUCAGAAACUGCUGUUGCAAACUAUGGAGAACAAGGUGUAAUGAUGUGGUUAAAGAGCAUACCAAAGGUUCCUGCCAAGAGGUCAGCUGUUCCUGAGGAGAUCUCUCCUGCAGUAUGUUUCCUGCUGUCUCCAGCCGCAUCAUUCAUAACUGGGAUAACCAUGGUUGUGGAUGGUGGCCAGAGUUUGUACGGCCAUGGCCUAGAAAUACCUGAUCAUGACAGAUGGCCCUCCCCACCAGAAGGAAAAAAUUCUGAAAUGCUGAAAAAGCUUGUUUCUGGCAAGUUCAAACCAAAGCUGUAAAAGAAAGAGACUUUACCCUUGCUAAUAAUAUCACUUUGUGAUUUCACCACAUUAAUCUCAGUAAUAAUUUAUUUUGCUCAUAUGUAACUACAUUAAGUGCCUUGAUUUUUGUUGAUUUAUAUUUAAAACUUUUGAAAGGCUUUACAUUUUACAUCUCUUCUCUGAAAACACUCACCCUGAAAACAUUCAGUCUUUUGGGAACGGAAAAGAUAUAAAAGACAAAUUAUCCAUUUGCACAGGCAUUAAGUAAUGAAGAAUCCCAGCCAGAAGUGAAUAAAAAGAAUAUUUAUUUUGCAGUGAAGAUAGCCAAGAGAGAAUGUUUAGGAAUCCUUCUGUCCUUGAUGAAUUUACACAGAAGGUAAUUUAAAUCUUUUACUGUUAGUUGCAUCAGUAACCCUUGGGUCAGUGUUAGCUCUACACUAUUUCUGUUCAGCCACAUACUGAGUGUUCAGCAAUGGUUUUAAAGACCAAGUAGAGUAAGUAUUUCUCUGAAAAUAAAUAAAAAUAAGAUGGAAUACUGUUAUUAAUGUUUAAAACUAAUAUGGCAUAUCAUAUUUUGAAUGUUUUGAAUUGUUUGCAGAUAUAAUGACAUAAUGGAGUUAAGCUGGCUGCAACUUAAAUUUGGUAACAGAAUAGGCAGAUACUAAAUACAGUGAUGGAGAACAGUAUGGAUUCAACAAUUUAACAUGCAAAAUCCAUGGUGUAUAUUGCAGUGCUCUCUUCAGUAUGCUACACUAGUAAAAGAGAAAUUUGGAAUUCCUCAUUUGCCAGCUAAAACACCUUUUAUCCAUACUUGUUGCCUUACAAUGUUAACAGAAUUUUGUUCAUUACUGUCUUCAGGUGUGGUUUUUGUGAACAAUGCAGAGAUGCCAUUUAAAAACCAGAAAUCCUGUAAUCCAUGACUUGAAGAGACUAUAUUUGUAAAUUUUUUAUUCACUUUAAGGCAAAUGUUCCCAUGUCUGCUCACUUUAGUGAAAGUAUAAAAAGUAUGUAAUGACUCUGCUUGUUUUUUGUAAAAACUGAAAUUCCUGGAAUCAAGUUGCUGCUAUAGAAGGGAACUUCUAAUACUUCAUUUUGGACUGAAUGUAAGAGUCUGAUGGUUGUUUGUUCUCUGCAAAGAUAUUUGACUUCUGUGUCUUUCAGUAAAAUAUGUGUUCUUAUAUAGGUACAUGUAGAUUGCUUUUUCAUGAAAAUGAAAUGAAUGCCAGUGUUGGGUGGGGGAGGAGUUUGAACCAUCAUGUGUAUUCUUUCUGCUUUAUCCUCUUAGUAACUGGACAGUCAUCUAUGUGACUGUGAGAAAUUGGUACAGAGAUAAAGCCAACUUUUUUCAAA